AUGGUCCGCUUACCGCUCCCGCAGCGACUGAGCUCGCAUCUAUCCACGAGAAGUGCCAGCUCAACACCCGGUCAGAGCAGGAGCACAAGUCCCAUGCGCAUACCAGCUGAAGCGAAACCUUUAUUACUUAAAGUCACCGUCAUUCGGGGACGGAAUCUGGCAGCAAAGGAUCGAGGUGGUACAAGCGACCCUUUCGCUAAUAUGCGAGAUUUGCAGUACUUGGUGGUGACAUUGGGAGACGGAAGGCAGUCGACGCCGACCAUAUUCAAAUCGCUAAACCCCGAAUGGAACGUAUCGUUUGAAAUGCCCCUCAAUGGGGUCCCACUGUUGGAAUGCAUCUGUUGGGAUCAUGACCGGUUUGGCAAGGACUACCUGGGCGAGUUUGAUAUUGCACUGGAGGAUAUUUUUGUCGAUGGGGAGAUCAAGAAACAGGCAACAUGGUACACUCUCAAGUCGAAACGGGUAUCGAACCGCAAAAAGAAGAACAAGAAAAACAGCAAUGUGUCUGGCGAGAUCUUGCUGCAAUUCUCACUCUCAGACUCGGCAAGUCCCACCGCUUCACCCUCAGAUACGUAUCGCAAAUUCAAGAAGGCCGUGUCCUCUGGUGAUGACGAUGAACCCGUCGAGAUUCCGACAGUCGACCUCGAUGACAUGGACCGUGAUAUCGAGACAUCUGAUGAGACAGACGACCCUUCAAAGCCCGAGGUUGUUGAAAAACGCCGCCGAAGACUCAGACUAGCUCGUUUAAGAAGGAAGUCUCUUGCUGCUCGUGCCUAUCAAUUCUCGGGCGCAGGGAGUGGCGUGCAGGGUAUUGUCUUUAUGGAGAUCGUCAAAGUGACGGAUCUUCCCCCUGAAAAAAAUGUGACUCGGACGUCUUUCGAUAUGGAUCCUUUUGUUGUGACCUCCCUUGGGAGAAAGACCCUGAGGACUCCUGUCAUUCGUCAUAACCUAAACCCGGUAUAUCAUGAGAAGAUGGUCUUCCAGGUAAUGCGACAUGAAAGGACCUAUACGAUUGGUUUUACGGUAAUGGACAGGGACAAGUUCUCAGGCAACGAUUUUGUUGCAUCUGCAGGGUUCCCUCUGAUGACUCUAAUUCAAUCUGCUCCGGAGGCAGACCCUGAAACGGGUCUAUAUCACUUCGUUGAGUUUGAAGAAGAGGUUAUUCCACCCGCAAGGUCUAAAUCUCGGCUUCCCCUUAGCUCAUCGCCAUCCUCAUCAAGUCUCUCUAAGAUGUCGCGGCCCACUUUGAGGUCGCGUAACUCGGCCACCUCUCUUUCAAGCAACUCUGUACUUGAACUUGUCAAUAGGGCCCCUCCCACGUCCGUGCCAGAGGAAUCCGGUAAUUUGACAGACAGUAGCUCCUCUCUACAGGUACCAACCAUCCCAUCUACAGCUACAGUUACUGUGGAGCCCGAGCAUAUUCCACCAGCCGAUGAGGAAGGUUUGCGUUGCUACACUAUCCCUCUUACUCUCAAGAAUCGAGAUCGAUGGGAAGACAAGCACACACCUGAACUAUUUGUGAAAGCCAAAUAUCUACCGUACAGUGCACUUCGACAACAAUUCUGGAGACUUAUGUUGAAGCAAUAUGAUGCCGAUGACAGCGGCCGCAUUGACAAAAUUGAAAUGACAACCAUGCUUGACACCCUCGGAUCAACAUUGAAGGAAUCGACAAUUGACGCCUUCUUCGAGCGUUUCAGCGAGGAUAACGCAACCAGUGCGACAGUCGACUUGACCUUUGACCAGGCCGUGAUGUGCCUUGAAGAUACACUACAAGCAUUGCAGAAGAAGAAUGCUACGCCCGAUCCCAGGAGACCAGCACUUGCACCGUCGUCCGUCGGCAGUCAAGAUAGUGAGGAGCCAUCUAGCGGCGAUGAGCUCGCCUUAGAACCCAGCAACGCCAAGCCACAUCAUGCUAACCCGGAUUCAACAGCGGUGCCCACCAUAUCCAGUGACGAGGCGGAUCAGCCCAGCUCGAACGACGAAUUCCUACGACCUGAUGAUCUGGCAGAUGAACGCGGCGAAGAGCACGUGGUGGAAAUCCGCGAAUGCCCACUCUGCCACCAGCCUCGCCUUGGCAAGCGAUCAGAUGCGGAUAUCAUUACUCAUAUUGCGACGUGUGCCAGCCGUGACUGGCGGCAAGUCGACAACCUUGUCAUGGGUGGGUUUGUGACCUCGAGCCAGGCGCAGCGCAAAUGGUACUCCAAGGUCAUCACCAAGAUUUCCUACGGUGGCUACAAAUUAGGUGCCAACUCGGCCAAUAUUCUCGUUCAGGACCGAAUCACUGGGCAGAUCAACGAGGAGCGCAUGAGUGUCUAUGUCCGCCUUGGAAUUCGCCUUCUUUACAAGGGACUCAAGAGUAAGGACAUGGAAAAGAAAAGAAUUCGUCGUGUUCUACGUUCUCUUAGUAUCAAACAGGGCCGAAAGUAUGAUGACCCGGCGUCUGUCAGCCAGAUUCGGGAUUUCAUCAAUUUCCACCAGCUGGAUAUGUCAGAGGUACUGAUGCCUCUUGAGAAAUUCAAGUCCUUCAACGAGUUUUUCUAUCGUGCAUUGAAGCCCGAGGCCCGACCGUGCUCAGCCCCAGAGGACCCGAGGAUUGUGGUGUCCCCUGCCGACUGCCGCUCCGUGGUGUAUGAUCGCAUGGACGAAGCAACUAGUAUCUGGGUCAAAGGUCGAGAGUUCUCUGUCGAGAGGUUACUGGGCAAUGCCUACCCCGAAGACGCCGCACGGUACCGCAACGGUGCGCUCGGAGUUUUCCGAUUGGCUCCUCAGGAUUACCAUCGUUUCCAUGUGCCCGUCGAUGGAACAAUGGGCGAACCCAAGACCAUCGAGGGUGAGUACUAUACGGUAAAUCCGAUGGCUAUUCGCUCCGCCUUGGAUGUCUAUGGAGAGAACGUCCGAGUGCUGGUCCCCAUUGACUCUGUCGCUCAUGGGCGCGUCAUGGUUGUCUGUGUCGGAGCCAUGAUGGUGGGCAGCACAGUUAUCACCCGCAAAGCUGGUGAAAGGGUUUCCCGAGCGGACGAGCUUGGAUACUUUAAAUUCGGUGGUAGCACAUUGUUGGUUUUGUUUGAGGAGGGGGUAAUCAACUUUGACAGUGAUCUCACAGACAACUCUAAGGGGCCACUAGAGACACUGAUUCGAGUUGGUAUGUCUGUUGGUCACAGCCCUGACGUCCCCCAGCAUGAACCCGAUAUGCCCAAGAAAGCAGAGAACAUCACUGCCGAGGAUAUGCAAGAAGCCAAGCGUCGCAUCGAAGGCAGUGUUGCACCUCCACCUCCGAGCGACGUGUCAAAAGUGGAUGCUGCCAUGCAAUGA